GUAAGAGUUUUAUUUUGAAAGUCGUCACAGGAAGUCGUGCUGUUAUUGAUUUGGAGCACUUGACGCUGGUUGGGUGGUGGAUGGACGGUGUCGCUGACAGACUCAAGCUGAGUGCGGUGCGCAGAGCUGGGAGCGGCGCGCCAGAGGAGGAGCGCCUCGGCUGCACAUCAGACGUGGAAGAGGAGCGGGAGGAGCACGGACCCGGGCAGACUCACGAGCAGCACGCAAGAUGGCAUUAGCCGGUGAUCCAGGGGCGGGCCAGCAGACGCAGGAGCAGAGGGAUGCGGCCGAUCAGAACUUCGACUACAUGUUCAAGCUGCUGAUCAUUGGCAACAGCAGCGUGGGAAAGACCUCCUUCUUGUUCCGCUAUGCAGAUGACUCCUUCACUUCAGCCUUCGUCAGCACGGUGGGAAUUGACUUCAAAGUCAAGACCAUCUACAGGAAUGACAAGAGAGUUAAACUACAGAUCUGGGACACAGCGGGGCAGGAGCGUUACCGGACCAUCACUACAGCCUACUACAGAGGAGCCAUGGGGUUCCUGCUCAUGUACGAUAUCACCAGCCAGGAGUCGUUCUAUGCUGUACAGGACUGGGCCACCCAGAUCAAGACGUACUCGUGGGACAACGCUCAGGUAGUCCUGGUGGGCAAUAAGCUGGAUUUGGAAGAAGACAGACAAGUCCCUACUGAGGACGCCCAGAGGCUGGCUACAGAAUUAGGCUUCCAGUUCUUCGAGGCCAGCGCCAAAGACAAUAUCAACGUGAAGCAGGUCUUCGACAGGCUGGUGGAUGUCAUCUGUGAGAAAAUGAGCGAGAGUGUCAACGGUGAUGCCAGUGCGUCAGCCAAUCACAAGGGAGCCAGCCUAAAGGAGACGACCCCCAACAGCCAGGGUGGCUGCGCCUGCUGAUGGAUUACACCAGAAAAUCACAGAACACUGGUUCCACAAUGACACACACACAGACGUACACAUGUGCGCACACACCCACACACACACACACACACACAAACA